AUGACCUCUCACCCUAGCGUCCUCUUCGUCUGCGUCCACAAUGCCGGCCGCUCUCAGAUGGCCGCAGGCUACCUUCGCCACCUCGCCGGCGACAAAAUCGAAGUGCUCUCGGCCGGAUCCGCCCCGAAAGACUUAAUCAACCCGCAGGUCGUGGAAGCGAUGCGGGAAGAGGGAAUCAGUCUAACAGGGCAGCAGCCCAAGAUCCUCACCGAAGACGCAGUGCGGGUCAGCGAUGUUGUUGUUACUAUGGGAUGCGGCGAUGCGUGUCCGUACUUUCCGGGAAAGCGCUAUCUGGAUUGGAAGCUUGAUGAUCGGGCAGGGCAGGGGUUGGAAGCUAUACGGCCUAUUAGGGACGAGAUUAAACGAAGGAUUGAGGGUCUUGCUGCUGAGCUUCUACAGUCUGCGUGA